GUAUUUUGUGCAUAUAUGUUUUCAAUAAACACUCUUCAAAAACGAAACCUACAGUCUAAUGCAGUCCAAGCCUACAUACCAGCAAACCGUCUAUUCCGUUACGAAGGUCGUCUGAAAUCCAACUCUGUUUACACCCUGAACAAUUUCAUGAUCAUUUCUACCCAAAAGGUGUACAAAGUCCCAGACCACAAACAUGGGAUCGUUUUUACUGAGAAAACAUCAAUGGUAUUGGAGCCUAUUGGAGAUCAUAAGAUCGACGAACAGAAAUUUCGGUUCCGUAACUAUGAAGAUUUCGCUUCUAUUAUAGACACUAAUGCAGAUCUAUUUGAUGUCAUUGGCCAGGUUCGUCUAAUUGUUGGCGACAAUAUCCACUCGCCUUCAACACUGGAAUCAGCUCUCCAAGUGGAAGGCAGCCGAUCAAGUGAUAGGGUGUUCUUACAUUUCCAACUUAAAGAUGGCCAGACCAUUCGUAUAUACCUCUGGGGAACCAUUGCUGUGCUAUUUAGAGAAAGAUGGAAUGAAAGUGAAGUCAAACCAGCUGUUCUCCUCAUAACUACUGUCAAUCCAAAAACAGUAGGACGUAUGUUAUCUCUUUUUCAGUCGACAUGAUCUUGGUGUGGAAAAGCAUUCUAAUGAA